GAAACCGAACAAUAUCAAUCAUUAGAAGAGGUUCUCGACGAUCUGGUCGUGCGCUUCAUCGACUCCCUUCCAGAGGAGGAGAAGACCCCCGACCGCUUGAUUUGGCAGGCGGAGGAGGCGCACUGGUUUUAUGAGGAUUGGGUGCAACCGCAGAACCCCUCGCUGCCCAUGCUUAACCAGCGAAAUCUGACUCAGCUGCUGUUGGAGCACACUGGCCAGUAUCCCGGACUCGACUUCGACGAGCAAUGGCAAAAAUUCCUCGCCUACAAGAAGGUCGUUCCGUGCUGCGGCGGAAUUUUGCUCAACACUACGGGCGACAAGGUCUUGAUGGUGCGAGGGUGGAAGAACGGCUCGUCCUGGGUCUUCCCGCGGGGCAAGAUCAACAGUAAUGAAACGCCGGAGGCGUGUGCCAUUCGAGAGGUCUAUGAAGAGACAGGAUAUGACAUGAAGCCGCUGUUCAACCCCAACGAGUUCAUCAGGACGACAAUGAACAGGAGGCAGGAGGUCACCAUGUACCUCGUCUUCGGCGUCGACGAGAACACCGUGUUCAAGACGAAGACGAUGAAGGAGAUUGGCAAGAUCGAGUGGGUUCCCGUUGUUGAGCUGCCGUUGUGGUCCAACGCGAAGGGCACUCCGAAGCCCGCUGCCGGUGGCAAGGCCAGGAAGUUCUUCAGCGUCGGGCCGUUUGUC